CUCCUUAAAUAUUUCCAAAGCACACUAACCCUCUCUCUCUCUUCCAAUCUCUCUCUCUAUCUCUCUCAGCUUCUCUUUGAAGCUUGAAAGAAUAAGCAAUGGUUUCUACUAAAGUUGCCAUCUUCUUGGUGGCUCUGCAAUCAAUCUCUCUGCUUCAGCAACCAAGCCAAGUCUCAGCAGAAAUACUCUCCCCUCUGCUCUCUCCAAUCCUAAAUGGAUUAUGCGACGCUGUGAAUUGUGGAAAGGGGAUUUGCAAGGUCUCUGAAAAUCACACCUUUGGGUUUAUGUGCGAGUGUAACCCUGGCUGGAAUCAGUUCAACGGUUCAGAUCAUUUCAGCUUCCUGCCCUGUGUUAUUCCUCAAUGUACCAUAGAUUCCUCUUGCUCCAAAAAUUCUCUAGCUCCAGCACCUGCACCUGCACCCUUUCCAGCACCUCCUACCAACCUUUCGCUCUUUGAUCCUUGCACUUGGAGCUUUUGUGGAGGAGGCCAAUGCUCUCGAACCUCAACCUUCGAGCACCGAUGUGAAUGCAAACUGGGAUACAACAAUCUUCUCAAUGUCUCCAUCUUCCCUUGUUACCAACAGUGCUCCAUUGGUGGAGAUUGUGUGAACUUGGGUAUCAACAUAUCAAAUUCUUCAUCCUCACCAUCUUCAUCCACAAAUCUUAAUGAUAAUUCAUUUGGUGGAGAUCUCCCUGCUCUGAAUAGCUUCAUGUGGUUGUUCAUGUUGCUUUCUUCUUUGAUGAUGAUUUGACUUAGAAUAAGGUAGCUGGGAUAGAUUACUACUUUCUUUGAUUGAGAUUAUUUAGUUUUGCUCGAGUUUUAGUACUAUACAAGUUAUUCAUGUGCAGAGAUGAGGGUUUUAUGCUGCUAUCUUUUACAUAUGAUAUUAUCUCGUGUUCUUUAUGAUGUUGUCAAUAAUUUUUGAUUUCAUGUAGAAAUGUAUGGAGGAAAGAAUAUUGAUUGUUUAUCAGAGAUCUUUCCUUUUGUAUAAAUGACUUGUUUUUGGAGAACAUAAUUACAUUUUGUGAUUAAAUAUACUAUCCUGAUUUGAAUUU